AUAUCAUUUUUUAAAUUCCAUUUUUUUAGCAUAAUCCCGAUUUUAUAGAUAAGCCGACAAUAUUUGACAAUGGCGAAAACGAGUUAAUCGAUGAUGAGGAUAAUGAAGACAUAGACGAAGAGGAUUAUGAAACUGAAUUUGAUUACGAGGAAUUUAGAAAAAAAUUGGCUGCUAUGAACUAUGAUGAUGAUUUGGAUAAUAAAGAUGAAAAUGAUGAAGCAGAGGACUCUGUUGAUGGCAUUCCAGAUGGAGAUGACAAAGAUGAUGAGAGCGAAGAUGAAAUGGACAUGUCGGAUGAAGGGGAUUUUUAUAGUGACUUUUCUAAAUUUAAUUCCACACGACGAAAGAAGAUAGGCGCGCGUAAACCUCGUUCCAUCAAACCAGAUCAAUCGAGCGAAGAUCAUAAAAGAAAUACGAAAUUUAAAAUCAAAAGCGGGACAAGCGAAAAUGAAAAGGAAUCUAAUUAUCAGCAAAGAGAAAUUUUGAUGCUCAGAUUACCAUCCCAUCGUAGCAAAGUAUCUGAGGUUAAUAUUGAUCAAAAAAGUAGUGCAAACCGGGAAGUGGUGAAAAAGUAUUCCCACAGGCAUCACGUGGGUAACCGGCGAUAUAAAAAUGCUAUAGUAAAAAGUGCCAAAUCGUCGCGUCAAACACCCCCUGCAACCAAUACUCCAGCAGCACAUUUUCAUUUAAAUCGUAAAAUUCCAGACCGUUACGCCAGUAUAAGGGUCGAUUCAUACUCUGGUGAUAUGUAUAUCGGUCAUCCCAGUUGGUCGAAUGAAAUUGACGUUGAUAACUACUUCAGAGUGGAGAAUGGUGUAUUAACCAUACGCGAACCGGGCCUUUAUUACGUAUACGCCCAGGUGUGCUACAACAAUACACACGACCAGAACGGUUUCGUGAUAUUCCAUGGGCAUAAGCCUUUUCUUCAAUGCUUGAAUACAGUACCAACAAAUAUGCCACACAAAAUACAUACCUGCCACACCAGCGGCCUCAUAUAUCUCAAAGAGAAUGAAACAAUUCAUUUGCGCGAUUUCCAUAGUGAUCGAAAUGUUAUUUUAAAAGAUGUCAAUAACCGCAGCUACUUUGGACUGAUAAAAAUAUAAUAAAAAAAAACAUACAUACAUAUGUAUAUGUAUAUGAUUUUGGUGAAGGUAGAAGGGAGUACACUGUACAUUACAUUACUAAAAAUAUGAAGUGAUAUGUAUUUAUGAUGUAUGAAGUGUACAUAUGUAAAUACUACAUACAGAAAUAAAAAUUAAAUAAACAGAACGAAUAUAUACAUACACA